AUGAUUGAGAGCAGUCGAUUGGCUGAAGAGGUCGGCCACUUGCAUAUUCCAUCGGGCGUGAAAAUCAGCAUCAACGAAGCAAAUAGCCUACCGGAUGGUGAGGUGAUCAUCAUGACCACGGGCAGCCAAGGCGAGUUUGAAGCUGGGGUGUCUCGUAUGGCAAGGGGCGACCAUCGUGAGGUGAAAUUGGUUGAAGAGGACACUCUGAUACUUUCGGCGCGGACGAUACCCGGAAACGAGAUGGCAGUCAACGAGAUCAUGAACAACCUUGCGCGUCGCAAUGUGCGGGUGAUCACGGCCGGUUCGCGACCGGUACACGUUUCUGGUCACGCGAAACAGGACGAACUGAAAACGAUGUUCAGCAUUCUGCGGCCGGAGUACUUCACGCCUAUCCACGGCGAGUUCCGAAUGUUGAAGGCGCACAAAGAGAUCGCAAUCGACAUGGGAGUACCGGAAGACAACGUGAACCUGAUCCUUGACGGUGAUGUUCUCGAGAUGGAUGUCGACAAUGUGACCGUUGCCAACAAGGUGCCGUCAGGUUACGUCCUCAUUCAAGGCCAGGGUGAAUGGGACAUCGACUCCAGCGUGAUGGAAGAACGCAAGUCAUUGGCCAGCGACGGCAUCGUCGUGGUGUCGAUCGUGCGGGACGAAAAGUUAGUUGUUGAAAAGCCGCGAAUUGUUACCUCCGGAUUCGUGGAUGCCUCAGAUGAAGCGCGAUUGAUCCGAGAUGCUUCGCAAGCGUUAGCUCAAGCUAUUGAACCAGUAUUGGCCGAUCUCGUAGAUUGGAAUGAGAUGGACCGACUAGUUCGGGCGUGCUUGGGCCGGUUCUUUCUACCGCAGGACCAAGCGAAGGCCGUUGAUUUUGGUGACCGAAAUUGA